AGGAGGAGGAGGAGGAGACAGGCGGGCGGGCGAGCGACGGCGACCACCCAGCUCCGCCCCGCCUGCCCCCCGAGCGAGGCGAGGGCCGCAAACCUGCCCUCCGGUCGGGGGCGAUGGUGCUGGCAGAGGUGUUGGCAGCGGCGUCGGUGCGGUCUCCCCGCAGGCCCAGCCUCCUGGAGGGGACGCCCAAUCAGCGCGGGCCCGGCCAGUCCUGGGCCUGGCCUGGCGGGGACUGCAGCUCCUCCUCUGCCGCCGCCGCCGCCGCCGCCUGAGGACGGAGAGCCAGGCAGAGCUGCUGUUGCUGCCGCCGCCGGCCAGCCAGCCUCCGACCUACCUGCCGCCUCCUCCUCCUCCUCCUCCUCCUCCAUGGACCUCGAGCGCCUCUGCCGCUCCCAGCCCCUCUGGGACUGGAAUGCAACCUGGUACACGGAGCAUCCAGACUUCACCAAGUGCUUUCAGAACACUGUCCUCCUCUGGAUCCCUUGCACCUACCUCUGGGCUUGUUUCCCAAUCUACUUCAUAUACCUCCGCCGUCAUGACAGGGGAUACAUCCAAAUGUCGCAUCUCAACAAAGCCAAAACAGCACUGGGCCUCCUGUUGUGGCUAGUCUGCUGGGCAGACCUUUUCUACUCUUUCUGGGAAAGAAAUCACAAUAUUUUCCAAGCUCCAGUUUUUCUAGUUAGCCCUACAAUUAUGGGCAUCACAAUGCUGCUUGCCACGUUUUUGAUACAGUAUGAGAGGAUGAAAGGAGUCCAGUCUUCAGGAGUCCUGCUGCUGUUCUGGUUUAUUGCACUCCUCUGCGCCGCCAUCACUUUUCGAUCCAAAAUAAUGCACGCCUUAAGUCCGGAUGCUGAAGUUGAUGUCUUUCGCUACAUCACCUUCUACAUCUACUUCACUUUGGUGCUGAUACAGCUGGUCCUGUCUUGUUUCCCUGAGCGACCACCUUUGUUUUCAGAAACCGUUCGCGUCCCGAAUCCCUGCCCAGAGGCUGGUGCAUCUUUCCUGUCCAAGAUCACGUUCUGGUGGAUCACUGGGUUGAUGGUUCAGGGCUAUCGGCAGCCAUUGGAAGCCAAAGAUUUGUGGUCCUUAAACAAAGAGGAUAUGUCGGAAGAAGUGGUGCCAGGCUUGGCUAGAAACUGGGCAAAAGAGUACGCAAGAGCAAAGAAGCUCCCCGUGCCAAUCAUGUACUCGCCCAAGAAGCCCCCCAAAUCAAGUGGCUCCAAUGGGGAUGUGACGGAAGAGGCCGAAGCUCUGAUUAUCAAAUCUUCCCAAAGAGACAAGGAGCCGUCCCUCUUUAAGGUGUUAUACAAGACCUUUGGGCCCUACUUUCUCAUGAGCUUCCUGUUUAAGGCCUUUCAUGAUCUUAUGAUGUUUACAGGACCCGAAAUCUUAAAGCUGCUCAUAAACUUUGUGAAUGACAAGCAGGCCCCCAACUGGCAAGGCUACUUGUACACGGGGCUUCUCUUUUUCUCGGCUGGCCUGCAGACCCUGGUCCUCCACCAGUACUUCCAUAUUUGCUUCGUGACAGGAAUGAGGCUGAAGACCGCUGUGAUCGGUGCAGUCUAUCGGAAGGCCUUGGUCAUCACCAACUCGGCCCGGAAGACUUCUACCGUGGGAGAAAUUGUCAACCUGAUGUCUGUUGACGCCCAGAGAUUCAUGGACUUGGCUACCUACAUCAACAUGGUCUGGUCUGCCCCUCUUCAGGUUAUUCUCGCACUGUACUUGCUGUGGCAGAAUCUAGGUCCCUCAGUGCUCGCGGGUGUGGCUGUCAUGUUGCUUCUGGUUCCAGUGAAUGCUGUGAUAGCAAUGAAAACGAAAACCUACCAGGUUGCUCACAUGAAGAGUAAAGACAACCGGAUUAAGCUGAUGAAUGAAAUUCUCAAUGGGAUCAAAGUGCUCAAACUCUACGCCUGGGAAUUGGCCUUCAAAGAGAAGGUCCUGGGGAUAAGACAGGAAGAGCUGAAGGUGCUCAAAAAGUCUGCUUACCUCGCUGCAGUUGGGACCUUCACGUGGGUGUGUGCCCCAUUCUUGGUUGCUUUAUCGACGUUUGCUGUUUAUGUAACAGUUUCUGAGAAGAACGUGCUGGAUGCUCAAAAAGCAUUUGUGUCCCUGGCGUUGUUCAACAUCCUCCGUUUCCCCCUGAACAUUCUCCCCAUGGUCAUCAGCAGCAUCGUGCAAGCAAGCGUGUCCUUGAAGCGUCUCCGGGUAUUCCUGUCUCAUGAAGAGUUAGAUCCGGACAGUAUCGUCAGAGGUUCCAUCAAAGAGUCUGAUGGGCACAGCAUUGUUGUUCAGAAUGCCACCUUCAGUUGGUCGAGAAGCGAUCCUCCAUCUUUAAAUAACGUCAGUUUUGCUGUCCCAGAGUGCCGCUUGGUUGCGGUUGUUGGCCAGGUGGGAUGUGGCAAAUCUUCACUGUUGUCUGCGCUUCUAGGAGAAAUGGAGAAGAGAGAAGGCUACGUCUCCCUCAAGGGCUCUGUUGCCUAUGUCCCUCAGCAAGCUUGGAUCCAGAAUGCAACUCUGAAGGAAAACAUUAUGUUUGGAAGGGAGGUGAAGGAGAGCCAGUAUAAUCGCGUGGUCGAGGCCUGUGCCCUCCUGCCAGACUUGGAGAUUUUUCCUUCAGGAGACAAGACAGAAAUUGGAGAGAAGGGUGUGAAUUUGUCUGGAGGCCAGAAGCAAAGAGUCAGUCUAGCCCGGGCGGUCUACUGCAAUGCGGACAUCUACUUGCUGGAUGACCCCUUGUCUGCGGUUGACGCUCAUGUUGGGAAGCACAUUUUUGACAAAGUUAUUGGACCUCAGGGAAUCCUGAAGAACAAGACUCGGGUUCUGGUGACCCAUGGUGUCAGUUACCUGCCCUUGAUGGACACCAUUAUAGUGAUGACUGAUGGCAAAAUCUCGGAGAUGGGGUCGUACCAAGAGCUGCUGAAGCAAGACGGAGCUUUUGCGGAGUUCCUGCGUACCUACGCCAGCGCGGAACAGAACCUGGAUAACAAAGCUUCCAAGAAAAGAGAAGAAGAUCCCAAUAGUCCAACUGCCAAGGAAGGCAAACGUGCUGAAAACGGCGUGCUGGUCAACGAAGCCUCAGGAAAGCCGGUGAUGAGGCAGCUCAGUAACUCCUCCACGUACAGCGGCGAAACUGGGAAGUCCCUGCAGCAGAACAGCUCGGCUGAGCUUCAGAAGGCGCCAGUGGAGAAGAGCGGCUGGAAGCUGACGGAAGCCGACACUGCCCAGACUGGGAAGGUGAAGUCGACUGUGUACUGGGAGUACAUGAAAGCCAUUGGCCUCUUCAUUACCUUCCUGAGCAUCUUCCUCUUUGUGUGCAACCACGUGGCCUCCUUGGCUUCCAACUACUGGCUGAGUUUGUGGACAGACGACCCUGUGAUCAACGGGACCCAGCAGCACACGGACCUCCGGCUGAGUGUCUAUGGAGCCCUGGGCAUGUCUCAAGGAAUUGCCGUCUUUGGUUAUUCGAUGGCGGUUUCGAUCGGAGGGAUCUUCGCUUCCCGCCGACUUCAUGUGGAUUUGCUGUACAACGUCCUUCGCUGCCCGAUGAGCUUCUUUGAACGCACGCCCAGCGGGAACCUGGUGAACCGGUUCUCCAAGGAAAUCGACACCAUCGACUCGACCAUUCCCCAGAUCAUCAAGAUGUUCAUGGGCUCCAUGUUCAACGUCAUCGGGGCCUGCAUCAUCAUCCUCUUGGCUACCCCGGUGGCUGCCGUGGUGAUUCCCCCGCUGGGCCUGGUCUACUUUUUUGUGCAGCGCUUCUACGUGGCCACCUCCCGCCAGCUGAAGCGCCUUGAGUCGGUCAGCCGCUCCCCGGUGUACUCCCACUUCAACGAGACGCUGCUGGGGGUCAGCGUCAUCCGUGCCUUCGAAGAGCAGAGGCGGUUCAUUCGGCAGAGUGACCUGAAGGUGGACGAGAACCAGAAAGCCUACUUCCCCAGCAUUGUGGCCAACAGGUGGCUUGCAAUCCGGCUGGAGUACGUUGGCAACUGCAUCGUCCUCUUUGCAGCUCUCUUUGCAGUUAUUGCUCGCCAUAGCCUGAGUCCGGGAUUAGUAGGGCUUUCCAUUUCCUACGCGCUGCAGAUCACCACCUACCUGAACUGGUUGGUCCGCAUGUCAUCUGAGAUGGAAACAAACAUUGUCGCUGUGGAAAGAGUCAAAGAAUAUACCGAAAAGGAGAAAGAGGCAGAGUGGACUAUUAAGGAGGCCACCCCACCCAGCCAGUGGCCGCAUGAGGGCAGAGUGGAAUUCAGGGGCUACAGCCUUCGCUACAGAGACGACAUGGAUCUGGUUCUGAGGAACAUCGACAUCACUAUCACCGGAGGGGAAAAGGUGGGCAUCGUUGGGAGAACGGGGGCUGGGAAGUCGUCCCUCACGCUCGGUUUGUUUCGGAUCAAUGAAGCAGCUGAAGGAGAGAUUCUCAUUGAUGGGGUGAACAUUGCUAAAAUUGGGCUCCAUGACCUUCGCUUCAAGGUCACCAUUAUCCCCCAGGACCCUGUCUUGUUCUCUGGCUCCCUGCGGAUGAACCUGGACCCUUUUGACCAAUACUCUGACGAGGAUGUGUGGACGUCUUUGGAACUGGCACACUUGAAGACUUUUGUGUCGACGCUCCCGGAUAAGCUCAAUCACGAAUGUGCAGAAGGCGGAGAGAACCUCAGUGUUGGGCAGCGACAGCUGGUGUGCCUGGCCCGGGCUUUGCUUCGGAAAUCCAAAAUUCUGGUUUUAGAUGAAGCCACCGCGGCUGUGGAUCUGGAGACGGAUGACCUCAUCCAGUCGACGAUCCGGACUGAGUUUGAAGGCUGCACCGUCCUGACGAUAGCGCAUCGGCUGAACACGAUUAUGGACUACACACGGGUGAUUGUUCUUGAUAAAGGCGAAAUAGUAGAGUGUGGUAGCCCAGCCACCCUAAUCCAGAAGAAAGGCAUUUUCUAUAGUAUGGCUAAAGAUUCUGGCUUGGUUUAAUGUGAAGCCGGAGGCUCCUUCCGUUGGGGGUGUUGUACAGGAGAAGACGGACUCAUGCGCACAAAGCGAUUGGGAUGGCGGUUUCCAUCAGAACCCCUGGCUGUGACGCUCAGGCCAAAGGAUUCCACUUCAAAAAUCGCGUGUGCUGCGGGACAGAGGAAGCAGAGCAUAGUCAAUGCAGUCUCCUUUAUCCCUUUAAGAUCUAAGCAAAUGGUAGCAAGGGGGUGGGUUGUGUGUAACAGCCCUUCUUAUCUGAGGCUCCAAAAUCCUGCACACUGUAGGAGUCGGCUGUUUUGAGUCCUCUGGGGAAAGGUGGCUUCACCCCCCCCCCUUUGUUCCAUUUUACUUUUGUGCAAAAAGCUUUUGAAGAUGCAACCUUCAUUUCCCAUUCAACAGCCGGCAUUUUCAUGGGAGGAACUGCAGAAGCAUGGUGCAGUCUUUUGUGCCGUAAGAGAGAUUUUUGGGGACAGGAACGUUCCCCCUCACUUGAUGAUCAACACACUUGUCAGAUUUAAAGUGUAUGUUUCUUUGGCCAAAGCAACUUCAGUGGAUCUGGCUUCUGUUGGGAGCAGAGACGAGAAUGUAUGGGUGGCACCGGAAAGCUGGGGGAAUCUGACACUUCAACAGCUUCACCCUGGACACCCUGUGUUCUGUUUCUUGUUUCUUAAAACAAUUGAGUGAAAGAGUUGGCCUAAAGACAUCACUGCUGUUACCAGUUCCAGCCUCAGGCAAAGCUUUUCCCGAACGACCCCACCCACCUCUCCUCUUGUGUGCUGUUGCUGUCUUCAGAAGAAACUGCAGUGCCUCACAGGGAUGGGAAUUCUCCAUUUAUUGUGUUCUUCGUAGUCUCCUCUCACCAAAACAAAACUGGAAUGGAAAACCGAGCAGCAGCAGAACUCAGUGCUCACCCAGCAGCCUGGAGAUGUCAACUUGAAAUUAUGUUGCUGACCUUUAAAAACAAAGCCAGACAUCUUUUCUUAGAAUAAAAUUUAUUUAUUUAUUUUUGUAAAUACUGUUCUCUUAAAGCUGAAUAGACUGAAGCUCACUUUGGUAUUUUUGUAAUGACUCAUGCAAAGAGCUUUCAGUAAACCUUUUUGUUUGGAGAA